GAGACCUAGUUCGCACGAUCCAUUACGAGACAUUGCCGCCUUCAAUUUCGUUGCCGAUCGGUCGCCGUCCCCUGGUCGUGCUCUCCGGCGGGUUCAUCAUCGGCGACUGGCAAUCGGCAUCUUUCUUCAGGGUUUUUUCUCAUCUUCAACGGUGUCAAUCAUUCUCAUUCUGAUGGAAGUCUUACUUGGAAGUUGAUAAGAAGAGGGGAAUCAUAGCCGAAGAGUUUGGAUCCGACUUUGCAGUUGUGAAGAUUCUGGUGUUUUGGCAGCAUGUUUGUGGCUUCACAUAUUCGCCACUUCAGCUUAACGACGGUGUCGUUGUCGCAGGCUCAGACGGGACCUCUUCGUCACUCCAUUUCACUGCCAGCCUCCGUCCCCAACCUAAUCGGCUCCUCAUCUCCACCCUCUCGUGGCGUGCUUUUUUAAAAUGUCUUCUUGUGAUUUUUACUGCAUUGACUGAUUGUACUAUUAUGUGGAUAGUUGGAUGUGUACACAUUGUUAAUAGUUUGAAAACAGUGACAAUGGAGUUCCCAUUNGAUAAGACCUUCGAAGAACUUGGUCUGGACCCUCGCCUUGUCCGUGCUUUAAUCAAGAAAAACAUCGACAAACCCACUCCCAUCCAGCGUGAAGCUAUCCCUCUCAUUCUCGAAGGUAAAGAUGUGAUUGCUCGAGCAAAGACUGGUUCUGGAAAAACCUUCGCCUACCUCCUUCCUAUGCUUCAGAAGCUCUUCUCCAAUUUGUCUUCAAAGAAGAAUUUAGCUCCAUCGGCUUUCAUCCUUGUCCCAACUCGUGAACUCUGCCAGCAGGUUUACUUGGAGGCUACAUCUUUAAUUGAAUUGUGUAAGGUGCAAUUAAAAGCUGUUCAGUUGACAAGCACAAUGUCCACAUCUGACUUGAAAACUACUUUUGCCGGGUUUCCUGAAAUUGUUGUAUCUACACCAGCUUGCAUUAAAACAUGCUUUUCAAAUCGGGUUCUUCUACCAGAAGCUCUGCAAGAUUCCCUCUCGAUUCUUGUACUUGAUGAGGCCGAUCUUCUAUUGUCAUAUGGUUAUGAAGAUGAUCUAAGAGCUCUUACGUCUUACAUCCCCAAGCGCUGCCAGUCCCUUCUCAUGUCUGCUACUUCAAGUAAUGAUGUUGAAAAGCUGACAUCACUGAUGUUACAUAACCCUAGCCACAUACCGUCAUCUGAAGUGAGUGAUGCCAAGGAUGAUAUAAUUCCCAAUAAUGUUCAGCAAUUUUAUAUUUCUUGCAGUAGCAGUGACAAGUUUGUGCAUAUCCUUGCCCUCUUGAAGCAUGAGUUGAUCCUGAAAAAAGCUCUCAUAUUUACAAAUUCUAUUGACAUGAGCUUUAGACUGAAAUUAUUCUUUGAACAGUUUGGGAUCAAGGCUGCUGUUUUGAAUGCUGAGCUUCCACAGAAUUCACGCUUGCACAUUCUCGAGGAAUUCAACGCUGGUCUUUUUGAUUACUUGAUUGCAACUGAUGGCAGCAAUUCAGAAGGAAAAGAGGCAAUUGACGGCAGAAGCCCCAAUGAGAAUAAGAAAUGUAAGAAGCAUCAAAAGCAAAAAAUUGAUUCAGAAUUUGGGGUUGUGAGAGGAAUAGACUUCAAGAAUGUGCGCACGGUAAUAAAUUUUGAGAUGCCCCGAACAGCUGAAGGCUAUGUUCACCGUAUUGGACGUACAGGGAGAGCAUAUAAUACUGGUGCAUCUGUCUCCCUUGUUUCUCCAGAAGAAGCAGAAAUGUUUCAAGAGGUCAGAUCUUUAUUAAGGGAAAAUGAUGACAACUCAAAUUUUAUUGCUCCCUUUCCAUAUCUCACUAAGGAUGCAGUAGAGUCUUUGAGAUAUAGAGCUGAGGAUGUGGCGAGGAGUGUUACAAAACUUUCCGUAAAAGAAGCACGUGCUCAAGAUCUGAGGAAUGAGAUUCUUAAUUCUCAAAAGUUGAAAGCCCAUUUUCAAGAGAAUCCUCAAGACCUGGAUCUUUUGAAACAUGACAAAACCCUCAGUAAGAAGGCCCCUGCUCCUCACCUGCGUGAUGUGCCUGAAUAUCUAAUUGACCCAACAACGCAUGAAGCUAGCAAGAUUGUAAAACUUGCUAGAGCUGCAAUGGGGAAUGAUAGUGCUCCCCGCCGCAAAGGCUUUAAUGGUAAAUUUAGAAAGUCAAGAGACCCUCUAAGAACAUUCUCUGCAGAGGGACGAAAACGAGCUUCAAAAGGCGGGAUGAAGAGAAAGCAGAAAGAUACAGAUUCGGGGCGUAAAGGCAAGAAAAGAAAAGGAGAUUGAUGAUUUUUACUGUUUUUUGGCAAAUGAUUGUUAUUACUUCACACAAGAGAAUUUUGUAAUAUGAUAAAUAGGUUUAUCAGAUCAUAUAUUCACAACAAUUUUAGAGUGCUUAGGUAGGUUGUACUUUUUUUUCCCAUUGGGGUGUGUUUGGAUCUAAAAUGUUGGGGAAACAAAAAUGCCAACGAAAACUACGUAUGUUUUCUUACGUUUUACUCUCCAUUCUA